AUGGAAAGGUUUUCUCUGUGAGUAUGUGUGUCUGUCUGUGUGUGUUUGAGUGUGUGUGUGUGUGUGUGUGUGUGUGUGUGUUUCUGACCGCUGGGGAAAUCCACUACGCUUCCUUUUUUCAGUGACAUAUAAACUAGUCUGACAGAGGCUGCUGUCAGUUUGACAAUUCAGAGACGGGAACUCUGCCUGAACGAGACUUAUCACAACUCUAUAAAAAGGACUUUUUCUUUCCGACAAGCCAGAACCGGCGCUUUUCAUUCAUAACAGAUUGCUAUCGCAGGCUAAACUAUCUGGAGCGCGUGGAUUUGAAAGAAAGAAAAAAACAUGACUUCGAUUAACCCAGAAAGCUUGCAGAAACAUCCUCACAGCAGAGGGCUGGAGAAAUGCCUUGUGGGAUCUGUAAUUAUACUUUUCAUCACGGUCGCUGCUGCGUGUGUCUGCUUCUUUAUCGUAAUACAAGGGAUGCAACUCGAGAGGGAGCAAAAGAAGGACCUUGCCUUUGGACAGAACUGUGCCCAUCUUCUGGGAAAUACUGUGCUGCUCAAGAACGUGACAAUGGAAUGGUCAAGCAGCAAAGGAAUGGGCCAAGCUUUUGUGGGGGACCAGUUCAGCUACGACAAUGACUUACACAUGCUGAACACCAAAGCGCAAGGCGUGUUCUACUUGUACCUGCAGAUGAACGUCAGGUGCACCGGCCCCCGGUGCAAGGCUGCAGGCAGGGUCACCAUCACAGUCUUCAAUUCGGAUGACGGAGAUCGCAGCGUGGCACUGGAGUGCGCGAUAGACAUACCCACAGACAGCAGCACGAAGCCUAUUUCCAAGAACUGUGUCAGUCUGGUGAGCGUGCUGGAAGGGAACAAGAUCUACGCCCACUUGACCUUCUCGGGGGAACGUGACACAGACUGGCAGCUAGACAACACUGAUUUCGGGAUCUUCCUGGUGUAGGACGUUAAUUCCUGUACUAAAAAUAAAAAAAACGCUGUAGUGAAUAGCAUGGUUUGAACAAAUCGAGGAACUUUUCAAGAAAUAAGAAGAGGUUCGGCUGGAAAUCAAGGGGGAUUUGUUCUUCCACGGUCUUCUCACGGCUCCUCCUGUCCAGGUCCACUGGGACUUGAUAAAGAGCGGGACACAGCAUGUCAAGGUGGUGUUCCGUGGAGGAUGAUUCUUUAGCGGGGGGACCAGGGCAUAAAUCCUGACCCGAUGGUGCUUAAAAGAUGUCAACUACCCAAUAGGGAGCGGGACAAUACAGAUCUCUCCGUACACACUGCUGAAAAGGAAGUGUUGAGAGGCGAUCAGUGUUUUGGUGCUGUUAGGCGUGAGACAACUGGGGUUUGCAUCUUCAAAUGCUAUGUGACUGUAUAAUCGCUGGGACUGUUUGUUAAUCAUUUAUAUGUAUUGUUGUUUGCGUACAGAAAGCACUACUGUCCCUGCCAUAGGGACCCCUGUGUCUUGUUUUCAUGAACCAGAACUGUGCAGGUUUCAAACAAAUCGGCACAAACUGCCUAAAAAUAUGGAUCAGGUACUUGGAGUCACAUUGUUGGUUUUUGAAUGUAAAGCAAGGAGGCACUUUAACUGGAAGCACUAUAUAUAAUGUAUGGUUACUACUACAAUUUGUAGCUUGUUUGGGUAGUUUUCACCCACUAUUAGGAAAUCAUUUCUACUGUAAACAUCUGUUCAUGAACAUGUAACUGUAAUACACACACCUACCCUUACAGUCCAUUUCCUGUUUCCUGUCAGUUUUCUCACAGGCCUUGUCCUCAUUACUGUUAACUGUUCCAUUUGUAAAGGAAAUGCCUGUGACUUCACUUCCUGUUUACUGACAAAUGACUUCAGCACAGUUUUUUUUUUUCGUUGUCAGCAUUUUGACACCGAAGCGAAACUGGAUUUUCUGUUUCCAGAAAAAAAAAUGUACGCUGACCGCAACAGAACCAAAACUUUUUUUUUUUUUGGUUCAUGAAAUUCCUUUAACUAGUUUUAUAACUAUUACGGCUAUACUAAUAAUACUGAGAACUACAUACAGCUAUGGACAAAAGUUUUGCAUCUCUUAGAAUUUUAGGACUGAGACAUAAAAAAAAAAAACUAUAUGAACAUAAUUUAUAUUUAACAUCAUGCAAUCAAAGAAACUACAAAAUGAUGUCACAACCAAACGUCUACCGGAAGCCAUAAUAGUAGUACAGUAUGUCAUGUUAGAUUUUGAAAUGUUUCCAAUUUUUGUCGGUUUUUCCUUUAGUAUAUAAGAAAACUACAAAGCGGUACGUCAUUCAAUAUGUUAAGGUAACAUUAUUCAGCAGGUUUCAUUAUAUGUAGCACAAUGUGUUCAUUCUAUAGGAUGAUGCAAAACUUUUGGCCACAGCUGUCCAUAGACAGAGCUCUCGGGUGUUACAUGAAUAUAUUUUUAUGUUUGAACUUAUAUGAAAUUGACCGUAUUUUAUAACCAUUCAAAAUAAAAGCACUGUUCUAUUCCUGUUUCAACUGAAAACGAACAAAAGCUGUAGCAGUUGGUCCAGUAAAAUUUACCAGGAGACGGAUGUGGUCAGUUUAAUCCCCGCUAAACCACGUAUGGAUUUUAUUAGAGCUUUUGAUCUUGGCUGAUUCACCAAGGCUACAAAUUGGUGCAAUCUGAUAUGACUGUAUAUGCAGGUUUAUGUGGGUUGUUACCAGCUGUUCAUUCUUGCAACCUUCGAACAAAAGUUUGGGAACGAGAAAAAGGCCUCAAGGUCCUUGUUAGCACAGCAUUCUCCCCUACUGCUGACCAAAACUGCACACAGUGUUCUAGAUGGGUUGUAACUAGAGCAUUGGAUAAUCUUAGCAUCUCUAGGUCAGCUCUUAAUUAUCCUCAGUGUCCACUUCUCAGAUGCCAAGUGUCUUUUGUGGACACAUCGUGCUGUUGCCCAGGUUGCUGGAUCCACUCUCAUGUCGUUGCUAUCAAAACCAUACCACUAUCGCACCACUGUGGCCAGGGCAGUAUCCUCGUUUUUGUGUAUUUGUUUUCCACUUUUGGGAUAAGUGCUGCUUUAAUAUUUAUAUGUCAUGUUUACAGUUUUUUUAUUUUUUAAUCUAUAUUCAUAUUUAUAACAUGUUUUGUUUUAUCUUGUAUUAUGAUGUUGAAUAAAUACAUAUUUUUAAUAAAAGGGAAAAAAUUACACUAUUUAGCAAAACCAGCUAACUGCAGUUAUCUUUAUUAUUAUUAUUAUUAUUAUUAUUAUUAUUAUUAUUAUUAUUAUUAUUAUUAUUAAUUUUAUUAUUUUUAUUAUUAUUAUUAUUAUUGUUAUUAUUAUUAUUAUUAUUAUUAUUAUUAUUAUUAUUAUUAUUAAAAGAAAAAAAUACAUUUAUAGGCCAAACAGAGAAAGAUACAUUGAACGUCUUCUGGUUUUUAUUCCAACUGAGCUCUCAAUUACUGAACUAAGCCCUUAAAUCUGCAACAUAUUAGUUCAAUUAAGGGUGUAGUUAAGUAAUUAUGAGCUCAGUUGGAAUGCAAACCAGUAGAUACAGAGGGACCCCAAGGCCAGGAUUGAAAAACAAUAUACAGGCUGCCAAGGGAGUGUCUUCAAAUUCACAUUCGAAGAGAGUAAGGUGUUAUCUACAAAUCAUUCUAGGAAAAAGAGUCAGGGAGAUAAAAGUGAUGAAUCAAAGGCUAGAUUUGUAUUUUAUUUGUUUUCUACGGCUUGUGAUUUACUGAUAUUCAUAUGAAUGGUUUCCUUAAAUUGGGGAUUUCAUUUUCAUUAUUCUAAUAGAAGGGCUAUAAAGUAUAUUUUACUCCAAAUGGAUGUAUAACUUUACUACAUUUCAGUAUUGCUGGUUUAUUUAUAUGACUGCAUAUGCAGGAUUUUGUGGGUUGGAAGACUUUAUAAUACUGAUGUACUGUAAAUAUGUUUAAGUGGAUCUCCUUCCACUGUGUGUCAGUAUAUUUCAUGCCAGUUGGAAAAUGGAAACACUUUUUAAAUGAAAUAAAA